AUGACGAACAAUGCUCUCAUUCCAUUCCUGGUCACGAUGAUGCUCGUGACCGGGGUGUGCAACACCAUUCUCAACAAGUACCAGGACAUGCAAUGUGUGCGGAACUGUGAUUCCCCCGAACCCGCCUACCGCAAGCUCUUCGAGCAGCCAGUCAUCCAAACAGCCCAAAUGUUCAUCGGAGAAAUGGGUUGCUGGCUCGUCGUCGGCUUUACCUUCCUCUACCGCACUUACAUCGGUCCCCGUCUAUCAAGCGACCCCUCCCCACUCCUGGCAGGCGGUUACCACCCAGUAAACGGCGAAGACGAGCAGCUAGACAACAACGAUGACAAUACAAUCGACGACAGCAGACACCCCAAGCCUUUCGCCGAGGAAGAUGAGCGCAUCCCCCUGCGCGGUUGGAAGAUCCUCCUUCUCGCCGCGCCGUCCAGCUGUGACAUCGCUGGCACAACCCUAAUGAACGUAGGCCUCCUCUUCGUGGCGGCAAGUAUUUACCAGAUGACCCGUGGCGCACUAGUCCUCUUCGUCGGUCUGUUCAGCGUUAUUUUCCUCCGCCGCAAGCUGUACCUGUAUCAGUGGAGCGCGCUGUUCAUCGUCGUUCUCGGUGUCGCGGUUGUCGGUCUUUCGGGCGCUUUAUUCAGCGGUGAUUCCGGCCAUGAUAUCACUCAGGGUGAUGGAGUUGCCGGUGCUGCUUCCCAUGCUAUGAUCAAGGCUCGUGCUGUUGCUGGGACACCUGAGGCUGUGCAGGUUGUUAUUGGUGUGUUGCUUAUUGCUGCUGCGCAGAUUUUCACUGCUUCGCAGUUUGUUCUGGAGGAAUGGAUUCUCGAGCACUAUGCUAUGGAUCCUAUUGAGGUUGUUGGUUGGGAAGGUAUUUUCGGCUUCUUGGUCACGCUUAUCGGUAUGAUCGUUAUGUACUUCGCCGUGGGGCGGACUGAGGCUGGUCGCUAUGGAUACUUCGACAUGAAGGAGGGAUGGCGUCAAAUCACUCACAGCCGUGCCAUUGCUCUGUCGAGUCUGGCGAUCAUGGUCAGCAUUGGCGGCUUCAACUUCUUCGGUCUGUCAGUGACUCGUACCGUCUCCGCCACCUCCCGUAGCACAAUUGACACCUGCCGAACCCUCUUCAUCUGGCUCGUCUCUCUGGGCCUGGGCUGGGAGUCCUUCAAGUGGCUCCAGGUUGCUGGCUUCGCCCUCCUGGUCUACGGAACAUUCUUGUUCAACGAUAUUGUUCGCCCUCCUCUCAAGGCCUGUCUCCCUCGCAACCACAGAGAGGGCGAGGUCCUUCUUCCCGAGGACCCUAUUGAGCAUAUCUGA